AUGUUAUGGCUUUUAGCCAUUACGUUCGCCGCCAAGGCUAGGCGUGAAACGGUUAAGGAUCUGGGAAUUCUGCAAGUCCUUUUGGCACUUGCGGUGGGCCCCAAUAUCAUAUAUGGCCGACAUUCUCCCGCCUCCCAUCGAUACCUGGGAAAGAUAGCGCAGGUUACAGAAAAGCUGAAGAUCGCUCCUUCUUUGCGGUUUCCAAACCCUGAUCCAGCACCUACAAACCCAGCCAAUUCAAAAUUGUAUUUGGCUAAAGACGGAUUUACGUCAGUUAUUCAAUUAUUCGCCCAAAAUCAGCCACUUUUACAUUUUACCCAAGCCCGUCCCGCCCUACAAAUUCACCAAAGCGCCCGAGCUUUAAAUAAUCCUUUUUUAGCAAGGAAACAUAGCCUUAGGGUGCAUGGUCUUACAGAAAGACUCGGACUUUCAGAAACGUUACGCAGCAGAUUUAAGAGAAAGUACGGAGGCAUUGGAAAUAAUGUCCAACGAAUAGACGGAUUUGCCUCAGGAUUUUGA